CAGAAUUUACUCGAGUUUUAUUUCGUUCAAAACAAUAGAAGAUGACGUCAUCAGCUACAAAAAAUACUAUUUCAUCGACAUCAUAACAGUUUGACAUUUGAAUUGGCCUCGGAAGAUUAUUUUUACGUUUUCCAGUAUAAAACAUGUGCAGCUUAUAACUGCUACUGAAGAUGCAUUUCUUGUUUUAUAUCUUUGACAGUUAUAAAAAGUAAAACUCGGGAAAUAAAUAUAACUAUAACUGUAACAUUACUAAAGAUGCCCUAACUUUACAUCGUGUGCCAGAUCAUGAAAUUUUGUUGUAUAUAUAUUUUUUAAUUAGCAUCCCAUACGCAUAAAAAUGGAUGGUGUCAGUUCCACUAAAUUAUCCGACGCAGAUCGUCGUCGCAUUGAAGAGAAUCGGCAGCGUGCAUUAAAUCUCCGUCAAGCGCGCCUUACAGCCCAUCCUUAUGGAGCUGCUAGCGGUGACAAAAAACGACCUCAGGAAACGGCUAUUGCCGUUGGCAACGUUAUAAAGGUCUCCGGCACGAAGUACAUUGACAGUGGUGGCGGCUUCUUGAUCGAACAACGAACCUGCGUGGAUCCUAGCGAGCAGCAAGAACAGUCCGUAGAUGAAAAGGAAGUAGAGAAGGAUUCCGUUCCGGUGCCGAUUGAGUUCGAUGAAUGUUUGGACUGUGGGGAUCGGUUUGCGGAUUCGUAUCUGCUGGCUACAUUCGACUAUAAGGUUUGCGAUGCAUGUCGAGAUUCGGAUGGGAAGCACUCGUUGAUAACCAGAACCGAAGCCAAGCAGGAAUAUUUGCUGAAGGAUUGCGAUUUGGAUAAACGGGAACCGAUGCUGAAGUAUGUCAGUAGGAAGAACCCACACAACGUCCGUUGGGGAGAGAUGAAGCUGUAUCUGCAUAUUCAGGUGGAGGAGCGGGCGUUGGAAGUUUGGGGAUCGGAGGAAAAUUUAAUCAAGGAAAAGGAGCUGAGAGAGGAGAAACGAGAGGUUACCAAGGUAAAGAAGUACAACAAACGCCUGAAGGAACUAAGAAUGGACGUUCGGAGUAGUUUGUACGAUAAGACGUCGCAGGCUCACCAGCAUACUUGGGGCGACAGCGAAGUGUACAACGAUGAUGAGGAUUCCUAUACGAGGACUUGUGAAACAUGCGGUCAUAAGGAGACGUAUGAGAAAAUGUAACCUUUGCUUGACAGUGAAACGUUAUAAGAAGCUGCUGGAGUUCGGUAGUACUCAAGUGUUCCUUUUUAUCCCUGUAUUCGAAUAUAGUACACAAAUAGAAUCUAUCAUUAAACCGUAA